AUGAAAGGGAGAAUAGAUCCCUUAUACUCCCAUAUAGAAUAUAUUUCUGGAAAUUCUUCUGGCCUUGCAAGUAACUCUGGACAGCUAACAAUGUUCCAGAAGACUGGCGAAAUCUCACGUAGUAUUGCAGUACUUACAGUCAAUGAGGCCAAAGAGAGUGAGAUUGACCUUUUUCAGGUAUCUAAGCAACUGUAUUGCAACCUAGUCAAAUCAAAUGAGGAUGUCAAAGCGCUAAACGAAAGAAUUUUCCAAUUAGAAAUGAAUUAUGACAAUUUACAAAGUGAUUUCGAUGAAAUGGUAGAUAAUAUAAAGCGCAGAGACAAAUUGUCCAGGGACGUCAUGAUUGGUCUGUUAAACGAGAAGAAAGCAAGAAUUAGAAUACUGACGUCCUUGAUGGAAAGAGCCGGUGUAUCCUUGCCUGAUGGAGAUAAAAGUGAUUCUGAACUGUUGAACAGCCAUGUACAAGAUGCGGUUUCUGAGCUCAACUCUCCUGGAAAGAGAAGAGUAGCUGCCUGGAGAGAUAAGAAGUCCAUAAAAAGACUGGAACCUGUCAAGAAGAAGCUGAAAAUUAAAGAAGAAGAAUCUCUUCCAGAAAUCGGAAGCGACUUUGAGGAUUUCGAGUUUUUUGGUAUAUCGAAGUCGCCAGAAAAGAAGCACCAUCUCACUACCGAGAACCAUAGCGGCGAGUCAUCCACAUCCAAGGACAACUCUGUAGCAGGUGGAGAUACCGAAAGUGAUACGUCCAUCAAACAAGAAACUACUAAUAAAGUUAAUACAUUGGCACUGACAAAUGACGUAGUGGCUGCAAACUCUUCUGAAGAAGAAACUGAUACAGAUAUAUCCACGGAAAAAUUGACACCAUGA